GACAUAACAAGUUAACCUAAAAAUUAUUUUCCAGUUUGCAUCAUAGAACAGGAGAUCAAGUUAUGUCUAUUUAAAUUAAAACAAUAUUAUACUGCAAAAUAAGAACGAAUGUGUAUAUUCAAUUAACGUUGAUGUGAUCAUUUUACAUAUAUAUUAAGAAAAGAUGUCGUCUCUUUUGCGUUCAACAAAAUUAGUGCGAUAUUUCACUGGUGCGGCAAGAACACUGAUAUUAAACUCGGCUAAGACUGCAGAUGCAAGUUUAUUAAUUAAUCCAAGAGCUUUAAAUGCUUCAAACAAUGUGCUUAUGCGAGAUUACGCAACUAAGAAGAAUGAGAACCUCGACCCACUGCUGCAGAAAUUGGAUUUGGAAGUCAGAAAGUUUGGGAGGAUAGCUAAAAAAGACAUUGACGAAGUGUUUGAUGAGCUUCGGACUAACCAUGACAUUACAAGCUCACAGUCCUUGUUGGUUAUACGGUGUUGUGGAGACCUUGUACCUGAAGAGUUACCAGAACAAAGGACUCUACUUGUUCAGAAAAUUUGGAAUGUGUUGACUGAGAGGGGCAUACCCAUGGAUGUCUCCCAUUACAAUGCACUGCUUAGGGUUUAUAUUGAAAAUGAACAUCCAUUCUCUCCUGCCCAGUUCCUUGAAGAAAUGGAGAAGAAAGGACUGCAACCAAAUAGGGUCACAUAUCAAAGACUUGUGUGGCGGUACUGCCAAGAAGGCGAUGUAGAUGGAGCCACUAAAGUCCUAGAGAAGAUGCGCGAACUGAACAUGCCUGUCUCCGAACCAGUGCUCAAUGCUCUCAUAAUGGGUCACGCAUUUCAUGGUGACACUGAUGGCGCAAAGGCGGUAUUAGAUACAAUGUCAGGAGCUGGUCUGAAACCUUCUAACCGCACAUAUGCCCUGCUAGCUUGUGGGUACGCAAAGCAAGGUGACAUUGCUAAUGUUGAAAAUAUUAUCACAGCAACUAAGGAACAAGACAUCCCCUUAACUGAUAGGGACUUACUAGAUAUAGUAGAACAACUGACUCUUGGUGGUAAUGGGGACAAAGUUGAACAGAUAUUUCCUCAUUUCCACAAAUCAAUGGGCUACAAUCAAGAAGUAUGCAAUCUUAUUUUCAAGUUACUAAACAAAGGCCAUGAAGAUAUUGCUAAGAAAUUAAUGAAAACGAUGCCGAAAACCGCUAACUAUGAAGACACUAUGUUCAAAGGGGCUUUCUAUGUAAAACAUUUGAUAAAAGUAAAAAAAUCAGCCGAUGAGAUAAUUCAGUCUUGCAAGGAUCUGCAAAACGAAAACCUUAUACCAAAUGCAUGUUAUAUUGCAACAGAAGCUGCAUUAGUCCAAGGGUGUACUGAAUUAGCCUUAAAACUUUUCAAAGAACUUAAAACAAAUGGUAUGGAAAUACGGCAACACUAUUACUGGCCACUCUUGAUACAAAAAGGCAAAGAAAAAGACGAGGAAGGUCUUAUGCAAAUUGUUCGAGACAUGACCCAAGAAGGUUUAACACCAACUGGAGAAACCCUUAGGGAUUACAUUAUUCCAUACAUGAUUGACGCUGAUACACCACAGAACAUAAUAACCAAACUGCAAUUGGCAAAUGUACCUACAUUUCACAGUGCCAGAAAUGUUAUGAUCGAACUUUUACAGGCUGGCGAAAUACAAAAGGCUGCAAAUAUAGCAUUCAAUUAUCGGCCCAGAGGGCAAUAUGCAGCAAUAAAAGUGCCACUUUUGAAUGCAUUCAAUAGAACUAAAGAUAUAAACUCGUUUAUAAAUAUCCUACAUGUAACAAGCAGUGGCCCUUCAACACCACAAGAAGAUGUUGCAAAUGACGAUAUCCAAAACGAUAACAACAGUAAUGCAAAUGAAGUGGGUCGUAUUCUAAAAAGUGGUGUCAAAGUUAUUGCAAGGGACAACAUGGUCGAGGCUCUGUUAACUAAAGCUUUAUCAAAAGGACUAAGAAUAAGUACAGCAGCCGCAGAAGGGAUACAACAGUAUCUUGGAAAUAACAUGACCACUAAUAUAUCUGAGCUACUUGCGCAACUGACGUCGCCGGAUUUGGAGGUUGCGCCAUUAGGGAAUUCACGACGUCCUCAAGGUGAGAGAUCGGCAGCACAGUUGGAAAAAUUACUAGAACAGGCGCAAGGCAAAGAUAGUUAUAACCUUAACAGGUUACGAAAGCAAGUGCUUCAAGCUUAUAUCAAUGAAAAUAAUGUUGACAAAGUGAACAGUUUUGUGGAAGAAUUGAAAUCUCAGUCUGACUUUGAAUUUACUGUGGCAACUCUUGCACAAUUAUUUGAAUUCUACUGCAAUAAUGAUUUAAUUGAUAAGGCAAUGGAAACUAAAGCUCAGAUAGCCGCCAAAGAUCCUGAAUUUACAUUGAACAAGUACAAAACAGUUGUAAUGGCGUAUGCUUUGGUACGUGCGAGUAGAUUCGACGAAGCCGUCCAGUUUCUGAAAGACAACAAAACUUCAAGCGAGUUUGAAAAUUCGAAUUUUUUGCUCAACUCUAAAUCAUGGCAAAUGUUGAACUGUUUGGCUGAAAUGAAGGAUGAAACUAAAGUAAAAGAAAUGACUGCAACACUUAUCGAGAACAACUUCAUUGAACCAUCCAAUGUAGUUCUGGGGCCGUGCAUAAAGGUGUACCUCCUAAAGGAUGACAUUGAUGGGGCUCUCAAGGAGUUUGAGCAUUGCUGUCAACAAUACCGCAGCACCCCAUGGAAGGGCGAGCUGAUGAAGUCUCUGAUACUGAAUGAGGAUGCUACGAAAUUGCAGUGGCUUGCAGAUUUGAGUACACAGAUUCACGGGGAAGUCAAUAUUCUUCACGACCUCGUAUUAGCAUUCGUGGAGUGCGGCCGUCUGCGGCAAGCGCGCCGCAUACUGGAGACGCCGGGGCUGCAGACCCGACACAAGCGCUUGACCGACGCCUGCGAGCGAUAUGUUGAGGAAGGCAAAUCAGAAUAUCUGGAAGGACUUUUAGAAGCAACAAAAGAAUUAUCGCACAUCGACCGCUCAAAAAUAUUCUAUCAUUUACUACUAUCGUAUUGCAAAGCUGACGAAACGGACAAAGCUCUAGGCCUUUGGACAGUUCUACAAGAAGAAAGCGAAGUGCCAAGCGACCAAUUCUUAAUACAACUAGGCAAACAUUUGAAGUCAAAGAAUAGAGAAGUCCCGUUCAUUAUACCAGAAGUGGAGGUAUCGAAACCAGAGAAGCCUAAACAAAUUGCAGUUCAACCGAAAAAAGUUGAACGAACAAAGGAACCAACAAAACCUCUGAAGAGAGAUGUGUCGGCGGCAAUAGAGAAACUCGUUCAAAACGGCAAAGCUUCGGAAGCGAUGGAUUAUGCUUUGCAAUCGAUCGAAGGCGGUGUUUUCCCAAAGGCGAACGUACUCAAAUAUAUGUUGAAAAGUUUAGCUGAACAAGGCAACAUAGAAAAGAUACAAGCUUUAGGUGUUCACCUAGACGAUGUGAGUCGUCGCAAUGUAUCGUACGAUGAUAAGUUGACGCUCGCCCUGUUCGUGCGAGGCAAAGGUGCUCAACACAUCGACGAAUUACUGAGUGCAGUGGAUACGGUUCAGAAUAAUGAAGAGCUUCUUACUGUUCUGAGGAAAUUCCCACGGAGCACUGCCUUGGCUAAGGCGAUACAAGAUAAGGAAUUGGCUAAUAAAUGUGAAAAAGUUGCAGAAUUAGCAUCAGCAAAAGGCUACAGUUUACCUGCAAACUUACUAUGGAUGGAAUAUAUGUUGGCGGACAAAAAUGAAGAAGCCGAUUCCCUAUGGAAGAAAUGCUUGCAAAAUUCCAACGUCAUUGUCUUCAGGAGACUCCUACAAGAGAGCCACUUGAGGAAGGACGCACAGAAAAUUGAAAAAUUAAUUGAAAUUUUACAAUCAAACAAAUCUAUUUCCUCUGUGUCUAUCGGCAACGCUUACUCGAGGUUGAUAAAUUUGUUUUUGGUCGAAAACAAGGUCAACGAGGCAAAAGAGGCGCUCGACCGUGCGUUCGAGAGCGGCAUCAAAAGCGAAGACAUAAACAAGAGCAGUUUAAAGAAGUUAAAAGAAAGCGUAGAAGCCAGCGGGAAUAAGUUUGAAUAUACUGUAUAAGUUACAUUAUGUAUCGUAGAAUGUGCACUUUUAUAUAGUAUCUAUGGUGAUGUAUGGCAGGAUAAUGUAGGCUCAAAAGGGCUAGAACUCCGAGCGGUAAAACCAGUUUAUAAAGUGAUAUAUGCGUGUCAAUCUUCAGUUUAAUGUGUCCUGUGAAACCGAACAUUUAUCAUUAUCCGUCUAUUUUAACCACUACAGCGUCAGUAGACCUAACGUGCGACCAAACGAUGUAUCUCGUGAAAGGAAAUAGACAAAAGUCAACCAAUUAUGGCGCUACCGGACAUUACGCUAUCUUUCAUUACGUUGGUACCAAAGAUACUGGGACUACACCGCCGCCAUUUGUCGUAAGUUUCUCUUCACGAGACAUGUCUUUGGUCACAUGCCAGGCGUACUGGCCUCCCUACUUCCAGAAGAGGGGAUAUGGAGCUUAGACCCGCCACGCUACUUCAGUGCGUGUUGACGGGCAUAAACCGAAUAAUGGGCAACAGAACACAACAAAUGACCACAACAAUUUAAGACCACAUUUAUUGAUGCGUGAUGUGUGUUAUUCUGAUAUGUAAGUUAUCUAACUGUAAAGUAACAUCAUUUGUUUAGUAAUUCUGUACAGUUACGGUCAAAAAAAAUAUAAUCGGAUUACAAAUGUUACCAACCUUAAAACAAUCCAAUUUGUCUAUGAUAAGUUAACAUAACAAUAAUAAUUAAUUAAUUACUUAUCAACCGAUCUUUACUUUUACAUCAAAUUUCUAUUUUAUUUUUUGUGUCAUUGCCUCAAUCAUUUUCUUGGCAUUUUUGUUAAUUCAACCAAAUAAAAAAACUUGUGAUGACGUGAUUUGUAUGAGUAUUUAGUGACUAGUCUUAAUAAAUUAAUAGCUAAUUACACCUU